ACACAUAGUAAUCAAACCACUCUCGUCGUGAAAUGUUUGCCGUUUCAAACUAAAUAUAUUUUAAUUUCCGAAUUUAAUUUUUAAAUACCAUAUUGUUUAUAUAUUCGUGCGAAAUUUUUUAUGACGUACUUUUAGUAGCUUUAUAGUUUUCACGUGAUAACCGGUUGUGAUCAAUUGUACUGGAAAUACAUCAACCCCAAGAUCGGUGUCAUUCGGUAGUUCUACAAAAAUGAUCGAUAACAAUUCCGCUGAGUUAAAAUUAUUAUACGAACAAAAUAUGCCAUUUUGGAAAAAAAAAUGGUUUCGAUUUAAUAUGACAUUAAUUAUCAGUGCAGUACUGGGAUUUUUAACAUUUUUAGCAGCCAAUAAGAUUUAUAAUCAAGGUACAUGUCCUAAUGUAGAUCAUAAUUCAUGUAAUUCAUCACAGCCUAAAAUCGAACAUCUUGUUAGUUUGGAAUAUAAUAAUAGAACAACCAAUUCCGACCAAAUUCGAAUAAAACAAUUAGAUGUAACCCUUAGACAGGAUUUAAUAUCUAUGACAAGUGAAUUGAACAACGGAAUAAAAGAACUAAACAGUGAGAUAAAAAGGCUUUACAGCGUUUUAACACAGUUUGAUCAAGUUAACAGAAGAAAACGGUUUAAUAGAGGAAUAAACGAACAAACAGCUAUUGUCGAUUGUGUACAAAUGAAAGGAAACUUCAAGAAAAUUUUUGAUGAUUUAAAUCGGAUAUCUAAAACUUUAUCGAUGGUCGACGAGAAUGGAACAUAUCAUUGUAAAUGUCCGUCGGAUAAAGUUAUGGGAACUUCAACAGAAAUCACGGAUCUGCCAUUAGAGUUGACGACUUUUACUUUAGAAAAUAUCAAUCGAAUAUCUAGUUCUGGUGAAAAGACGAAACAAUUAAAAAAAGUUAUUCUGUCUGAUUACAAACCUCAAGUGAUCACAAGUAAUGUAGAUAUUACAAAUAAUAAUGAACUUAGAAAUGUUGUCGAUAAGGACAUAAUCGGUACUGCGACUACUGUUGACGAAGAUAACAGAUUUACAACUGCACUACAGGUACUCGAAGAUAUUAUAACUACCCAGAAAGAAAUGGUUAUAGUCACAGAACCAAGAGAAGACAUGUCUCCGGAUACGUCUAAUGCGGUUACCAAUUUGUUAAAUCUUAACGGUUAUACACAAACAGCUGAAUUGCAAUCUUCGUACAACGAAAUCGUUACAAAGGAUUACAAGGACGUACAAACAUUAUUUUCAUCUGAGACACCAAAAACGUUGACAGAGUCAACUACAAUUCCAGACGAAACUGUUACAAUUACAGUGUUCGACUAUGAUGACACAUAUUCUGUGCACGAAGAGUUAAUAUCGGAUAAAAAAGUGUCUUCAAAGUUAACAGGUGACGAUGAGGAUAUUCUACGAUCUACAACAGAAAUACCAGACUUGGACCAAAACGAAAGCAAUAAUAUUACGAAAACAAAUACAGAAUCAACAACUCCAAAUUAUAAUAUUUCAGAAUCAAUUACGGAAAUAUCAGAAUUUGAUAAAAAUGAAAAAAAAAAUGAUGUUACGAAAAUAAAUAUGGAAUCUACGACUCUAAACGAUAUGAGAUUCAAAUCAAUUACAGAAGUAUCAAGAUUUAAUAACAAUGAAAACAAAUAUAAAGUUAGAAUAAGCCGUUUUGAAUUGACGACUGUAGAUGAUACUAAUUCAAAAUCAACCACAAAAACAUCAGAUCCCAACACAAAUGGUAGCCUCCUAGGAUUACAAUUUGAACUCACAUCAGCAAAACAGAAUAUUAAAGAAUUUACUACCCAGAUAUCGAUUUCCAACCAAAGCGAAAAAACAACUGGUUCAAAAGGAAGAACUUUCGGCGAAGAUGAAGAUAAAAUCGAUUUUGGUAAGCAAAAUGACAAGAAAAUAAUUAAUCAACCGAAAACCGAAAGAACUCUAAUAGAAAACAAAAAUGAUUUAAAACCACAUGGUUAUGACAAUAAAAGUACUACUCCACGUCUUGUAGUAACGACACAACAGGUGCAACCGAAAUGGUAUCCCAUAUGCUUCUAUCCAGCACCGUGUUCACCGAAUAUAUUGAGCUACCAGCAAAAUACACAGGACAUGAACCAAGGAACAAUACAGUAUUCUGCGCAGUCGUUGAACACUUAUAAAAGAAUUGCACCCGUGGUUUCCGACGCGACGGUAAUUCAAAAUAAUUAUCCGAUAAUAUCGUACUGUCCUGUGGGUAUGGUUUGUCCGAUGACCGAUUUCGCGGGACAAGCGAAUAUGUUACACUGUAUGCUGAAAUCUUCGUUGCCCGAGAUACAACUCGUACACGUGAACAACAAAACCGACGAAAACGCUUCGAAUCGAAUAACAAAAAGUAACGUCGAUGACACCGAGGCCCCGGCCACUAUAAAGGGAAAAAACGCAAGGGAUGGGGAAGAGAUUCUGACGGGUGAUCUUGAAUGUUCUUUGAAUACGUUUCCGUGUAUGGACAAUUCCGGAUGCGUGGAAAUCGAUAAUUGGUGCGACGGUAGAAUACACUGUGACGACGCGAGUGACGAAAGCCAGUGCAACUGCAAAGAACGAAUAGAUAAGGACAAACUGUGUGACGGAUAUUACGACUGUCCGAGCGGAGAGGACGAAUUGGGUUGUUUUGGUUGUAAUAACGAAACAUUUAGCUGCGGUGAUUGGAAUACUGUUUUACAGAGUUCCAGUUGUUUUGAAAGACAACAUCGUUGUGAUUAUGUUAGACAUUGUCUUAAUGGUCGCGAUGAAGACGAAUGUACCUUAUUAUCUAGACACCUUGAGCAUCCUAAUCAAAUAUUUUUCAUUUCAUAUUCAAGCGGUUAUUUACAUCAUAACUGGAAAGGAAAUUGGUACCCUAUGUGUGGCGAUGAUCAAACUGAAACAUGGGCAGAAAAAGCGUGUUCGGUGGAGUCUGGAGAAAAAUCCAAGCCGAGUAAAAUACAAUACAUCAAUGAAUUAACUACGUACGAUGGGCCUUACAUAAAUAUCGAUGAAACCAAUCAGAUUACACUGUUGAGUUCGUGCAAGUACCAAGGUAUUCUAGUUGAAUGUGAACCAGAGAUUUGUGGUAUACGUUCGGACCUGAAGUUCAAUAAAAACAUCGAUCCUGACAGGAUGAGAAGAAGUCCAUACUGGGAAUCUUUGAACGUCACUUCGCGUUUCGCUCGAUCGAAGGAUCCCAGAGUGGUCGGAGGCACUGCUAGUAAUCCGGGCGCCUGGCCGUGGCUUAUCGCGCUCUACCGGGACGGUGUGUUUCAUUGCGGAGGCGUCAUAUUGAGCAACCAAUGGGUUCUGACAGCCGCGCAUUGCGUUAAUGAAUACCAAAAGCACUUUUACGAAGUUCAAGCUGGCAUUUUGCGAAGAUUUUCGUUUUCGCCCAUGGAGCAGUCGAGAAUGGUCACGCACGUGAUGGUCCACACUCAGUUUGUUCGCACGACAAUGGAAAACGAUUUGGCCGUGAUGAGAUUGGAACGUGGUCUACAGUUCAACAGAUGGAUUCGUCCGGUGUGCCUGCCCGACCGCAAACUGAACUGGAUACCGUUCCCAGGGACAAUAUGCACGGCCGUCGGUUGGGGAGCUACAGUGGAACACGGACCGGAUCCGGACAACAUGCGAGAAGUAGAAGUACCGAUUCUCCCCGAGUGCACGCACAAAAGCGAUAUAGACGGCAAAGAAAUUUGUGCCGGAUAUCUGAGCGGAGGUCAUGAUACCUGCCAGGGGGACAGCGGAGGUCCUUUGCUUUGUAGAGAGCCGAAUAAUCUGAACAAAUGGUACGUGGCCGGCAUCGUCAGUCACGGCGAAGGAUGCGCGAGACCAAUGGAGCCCGGAGUGUACACCAGAGUCGCUCUGUUCAUGGAUUGGAUUAUUAAAGUUACCGACGAUAACGAUUUGCCUGCGGAACGUCCGCAGCAAUAUUGUCCAGGUAUCCGGUGCAUGACCGGGAAACAGUGCAUACCGACCAAACGGCAAUGCGAUAAAUACGUGGACUGCAUGAACGCGGAAGACGAACAAAACUGUGAUUACACCGGUUCUCAGUAUCAAGUCAAUUUUUAUCGAUCGAGGAACACGGAUCACAGCAACUUGAGGUAUAGCAAGUUGAAAAGCGCCGAAGAUCUAGACAAACUCACAAACACCUCGACGACAACGGUCGGACCACGAUCAACGGCGACGACAUUUGGCAGUAAAAUUGUGACUACUUCUAGUAACACUACUACUAGUAACACGACAAUUGGUAACACAAAUACAGCAAGUAAUACUACAACUAGUUACCCUACUACUGCAAGUUAUACAAUAACUAGUAACGCUAUUACUGCUGCUACUUUCCGGAACAAAGAAGUUCAAGUCGAAACCCAAACGGCAAUCGAUGUCAAAGUAAAAAAUAACUAUAUGGGGACGAACGAAACGAUUUUGGACGCCAUUAGACAAUUGUUUGACAACCAUUUCAGCGAAGAAACAUUCAGUUGUGGAAGGAUAACGCAAGUGGUGCUGUCGAGACAUCGAUGCGACGGGACGGUGGACUGCGAAGACGGGUCGGACGAGCAACGGUGUGACUGCAAGACAAGACUGACGAGCAUGUACGGCCAAUCGACCAUUUGUGACGGAAUCGUAGACUGCGACGGGGGCGCGGACGAGAUAGGGUGCGCCGUGCCGGAAUGCGAACCGGACGAGACGAGGUGCGCCCAAUCAAAGCUAUGCAUCAAAAAAAGCGCGUGGUGUGACGGGGUAGUGGAUUGCGUUGGUGACGGGAGCGACGAAAGACAUUGCACGACAAUUACUGACGGCAUUACCGCUGUGGAAACGGACGCGACCGGGCGGCCGGUACUACGUCGGUCCGGCAUGGUGGCAGUAAACCGCAACGGAGUCUGGAGGGUGCGAUGUGUGGACGGGGAAGCAGCCAUCAGGAUCGCCUAUGAAACUUGUUCGAGACUGAAUUUUACAGAUUCGAAGUUUUACGAAAAGCGAUUGUCAUGGAAAAAGCCAUUGCCGUUGAAUGCGGCGGAAUUAAUGGUUAACGACGUGUGUCAUGGACUUUACGUGGAAUGUGGUCACGCCAGAAAGACGGUAGACGGUAAACUGUACCAUUGGCAUGCGGAUAUCUUAGUCGAUGGAAGAAUCGACCGGUCCGGGGUGCUGAUAGAGGAUUCGUGGGUGCUCGUGAAAAGGACAAUCGAUUUCAACCCGGACAAGAAUUACGUGACCGCAGUGCUGGGCAACAGCGCGCACUCGAGCGUUUGGAUCAAGUCGCCAUACCGACAAAUCGCGCGAGUGGACGCGAUCCGACGGUUGUCGGGCGCCGCACUCGAUCUGCUCCAUCUGGCCGUGCCGGCGAACGUGAGCGCGGGCGUCACGCCGCUGGGCGUACCGCUGUUCCAACCGCCACUGGGAGCGAACGACACGUGCUACGCGAUUGGCUACGCUGACGAGCGCCGCGGCCGUUACCGCGGGACCGAGGCCGUGUUGCUGCGGGUGGACGCGAAACGGCGGUGCGACGAGAACGCGCUGUGCCUCGCGGUGUCGCGAAAACCUCGAUCGUGUUCGAACGGAAGAAACACAUCGCACGUGACGGCAAUCGUCUGCGAAUCAAGCAAUUUCGGUCUGUUUCUAGCGGCUACGACUGUUCAGAACAAUAUGAACUUUUGUGAUCACAAUAAGCUUAUUCGACUACCGAUGGCCGAUGAUUUAAUUGAUGAAAUCGCAGCUAUCACUGAUAAAAAAGUAAAAUCGACACCGGUUCCUGUUUGCAACGGUGUACGCUGUGAACUAGGCAAUUGCGUUCCGUGGGAAAAAGUGUGCGACGGAGUAUCUGAUUGUCUCGACGAACGAGACGAAACGAUUGAAAUGUGCCAAGCACGAACUGAUAAGUGCAAAACCAACGAUACUUUGUGCAUAUGCGAAGUGGGCAGUUUUCGUUGCGCCAACGGAAGGUGUACGCCAAAAACUACGUUUUGCAACGGGAUCGACGAUUGCGGCGACAGAACGGACGAACCAAAGACCUGCCGAGAAAACACGUGCGUGGAUUAUCUAAAACUCGUAGACCCGGAAAGAUUAUGCGACGGACGAUGGGAUUGUUUGGAUAAGACUGACGAGGAUUUCACGAACUGUCCAGCUGGCUACUGUAACAGAACGAACGUUUAUCAAUGUCAAUCUUCGAGUAAAUGUAUACCGUCGGAAUUCGUGUGCGACGGCGAAGAAGACUGUCCGGAAUCGGACGACGAAGCCGAAUGCUUAGGAUUUAUCGCACCGGCUAAAAAGAAGAACGAGGGCGUGCUGGCGACCCGUACGUACGGCCACUGGCACGCGCAGUGCAUCACCGAGGACUACACGGACGUGGACUACCAUUCGCUGUGCCACGGGCUGGGCUUCAGGCACGCGGUGGGCAUCAGGAAAACGGCAGGCACCCAGGUGGACUUCGACAGCUUCACCAUCGUCCAGCUGAACAACGGCACGGAUGUGGCCGUCAGGUCGGCGACCAACGACAUCGUGCAGCACACGGACCGUCCGUGCACCGUCACGUACGUGGUGUGCAGCGCGAGUGCGGCAUAGACACCAACCUAACCUAACCCCCCCCCCCCGUCGCGCCCGGCGUGAUCGUCGAUCGUGCCUAUCGCGCAUCCCCGACCCCUUUCCCGCACACCAAUCCACCCAACCCCCUACGACCGCAACCUGUUCCAACGCCGUGUAGUGUGUAAGACUCGUCGUCAACGGUUGUUUCGCGAUCGUUUGACGCCCUCUCUCCGGAUGACCCGUUCGUUUCGGACUUUCGGUCCCGCGCGCGGUGUCGAUGACGGGGUGCGAGAAAACAGAAAAAACUAAUGUGUAGAUAAAUGUUAUGCGUUUAAUAGAAAACCGUUUUCCGAGAGAUCGUUCAUUCUUCCGCAACCCUAGGGAUUAUCAUUGCGCGCGGUGUUACGAGAUUCACGCGGUCGGUUUUUUGACGUUCGGACGCGUUGUCGUGUGAUCGUACACUGCAUACACGACCGCUGACCGUAGGAUUUGCUUAAGUGUAACAAUAUAUCAUUUUAUAUUAUAAUAAUUAAAUUUAAUCCACUGAAUAUUGACGUAAUAUUAUAAUAUUACAAU